CUUACGUGGCAGAUCCCCGAUCGCUUAUCACACGCAAAGACGAGCAGCCUCGAUCUGAGCUCCAUCAUCUUCUUCGGUUUCUCAGAUCUCUCCUUCUCUCUCCAAAAACACCAACCAAUGCGAAAUCCGUAGAACCAGUAGUAGUAUUAGUACUCGGCGGCUUUCAUGGCGACGACGUCGUAUUCAGGAAUCGGACGCUACAACUACAAGCUUCUUCCACUCUCUCUGUCUUCCAUAACCCGUUGCCCUUGCCAUUCAUCACCGUCGAAAGCCCUAGUUCCUGCUCGUCCUAGUGUUGUGAAGCUCAAUUUCGUCUUUGACGGCCGCAAAAGCGUGCUUCGGCUCGGCCGAGACGGCGGCUUGGCUCGCCGGCGCGUCAUCACCGCCGUGGCUCGAGUUGAGCCGGAACAGCUCGGCGAGGAGAAUGCCAAUCAGCUCGGCAAGGAGAAUGCCAAUCAGGAAGUCAACAAAUGUGAUAAAUUAUUAGAAAAUGAGGAUUUGCUCUCAGAGCAUCAACAGAAAGCUAGUCAGUUAAGGAAAAGAAUUGUUUUCGGACUUGGCAUUGGAAUCUCUGUUGGUGGUGUCGUAUUGGUUGGAGGAUGGGUUUUCACGGCAUUCUUGGCCGCUGCUGUUUUUGUUGGUGCACGUGAGUAUUUUGAUUUAGUUAGGAGUCGUGGAAUCUCUGCAGGAAUGACACCCCCUCCUCGAUACGUGUCACGAGUGUGCUCUAUUAUUUGUGCUGUCAUGCCCAUAAUUACCUUGUAUUUUGGUCAAAUUGACGUUUCUGUGACAUUUGCUGCCUUUGUUGUUGCUAUGGCAUUGCUUUUACAGAGAGGAAGUCCUCGUUUUGCACAGCUCAGUAGUACCAUGUUUGGGCUAUUUUACUGCGGAUAUCUUCCUUCUUUCUGGGUUAAACUUCGAUGUGGCUUAGCUGCCCCAGCCUUAAACACUAGAAUAGGAGCAUCAUGGCCAAUUCUUCUUGGUGGCCAAGCUCAUUGGACCAUUGGUCUUGUAGCAUGCUUGAUUUCUAUCAGCAGCAUAAUUGCAGCUGAUACAUUUGCUUUUCUGGGUGGCAAGACAUUUGGUAGGACACCACUUACUAGUAUCAGUCCGAAGAAGACAUGGGAGGGAACUAUCACAGGCUUGGGUGGAUGUGUGGCUACUUCUAUUAUAUUAUCGAAGAUUUUUUGCUGGCCAACAUCAUUAAUAAGUGCAAUUGCUUUUGGGGUUCUCAAUUUCUUUGGUUCCAUUUUCGGUGAUCUUACUGAAUCGAUGAUCAAACGCGACGCAGGUGUCAAGGACUCCGGGUCCCUCAUACCUGGACAUGGUGGAAUACUAGACAGAGUGGACAGUUACAUAUUCACUGGAGCGCUUGCAUACUCAUUUGUCAAAAUAUUUCUGCCACUUUAUGGAGUAUAAUUCAAAUUCUGAUCGAUGCCAAGUGAAAAUAAGGAGAAAUUUCUGCUGUCUCUUCUGGAGAGCUAGUACAGACAUAAGCAUUUACUCUAAAUGUCAACAAACAUGUAGGGGAUCAACUUAUUAGAGAUGAGGCUUGAGAUUAGAUUUGCAACUCCAGGUUUUCAUAAUCCUCACCAACUAUAAGAGAGCCUACUUUAUAAACUUCUUUUCAAUGAGGUCACUUCAGGCUAACCAGAGCCUGACUUUGGGUCAACACAUACGUUCUGAUCUCUACAUGAAGUCACUUUUGGCUGUGAAUACACUAGUUUUCCUGGUAAGGCCAAUGCCUGCUAGUGAAUUUUGAUUUAUGGGAUGUCUACUUUGUAAUAAAAAUUUAUGGUUAAAGUGCUGAAGUUCAUUUUUUUUUCUUUGUAAAAAAUAGAACACCAAGUUCAUCUAUCUUUGGGCAUCCAGUAUUGUUGGCCUUGCUGUAAUUCCAUACAUAGCCGGAUAAUAAAAAUUUUGCGAUUUGUUCUCUUUCCUAAA